AAUAAUAAAAUAAAAUAAAAAAUGGAAAUCGACCCGUAGACUGUACCCAGAAUGAACAUCAAAAGCUCUUCGCCUCUCGCUCUCUCUCUCUCUAUUUCGUCCUAAUUCCGGUUGCGAAGUAAUUGUUUGACAAGAAAUUGAGCAUUUAUAUGAUCGAUCUGAAGAUGGAAAGAUUGCCCGCGGAAGUCUGCCUUAAGAUAUUUUGUUUGUUGGAUUCACAGAACCUCGCUACUGCACUACAAGUUUGCUGGAAGUGGAACUCCUUAGCUUCAGACAAUCUCUUGUGGUCAAGCUUAUUCAAGGAGAGGUGGGGGGAAGACCAUGCUGCAUUCUAUCAUCCUAUCGGCUCAAAGUCAUGGAAGGAUGCAUAUGAGGUGCAAGAUCGAUGUGAUCGGUUUGGAUUGGGCCUAAGAAUAAUCCGAGAAGGGAAUGACUACUAUCUCAUUCACCAAGGUGAGAUCCAAAGGCACCUAGGUUCAAGAAGACAGAAGAAUGGGCAGAAUAACUUUCUUCCUUUGAGUUCAAAAAGAGAGUUCCUAUCAGAAGGAAUUCUCGAAGAAGACAAAUCCUGUCGAGGAAUUCUGGAUAGAAUCCUGUUCUUCAUUGGGGAUUUGGAAGUUGCUUCAACAGAUGCAAAGCGUAGCAGGGUCCUGUGAAGCUUCCUUCGGUCAGCAAAAUUAUGUGAAUUUUAUGUAUAAUCUUUAUUUAUGUGUAUGUUGACAUCGAAUUCUGGUAAAAGUAGUAUGUACAUCUAAUCUAAUGUUCUUUGAAAGCCAUAAAUAAGUUCAUCUUCUUCAAGCACCUAGUUUUGAGACCUCGAACCAAAGCCUCACACCGGCAGUCUGAAACUACCACUUGACUUUCAGCAUUACCCUGCAUACUUGAAAAAGCAGAAGGGCUAAUUCCACAUCUCGUAGGUAGCCACUUUAUUGGGACUUUUUUCUGGUUUCUUGUGGCCAUGCCUCUUAACUGGAACCAUAAUCCAAUAAGAACUUUUCUGGUGUGUUGUGCUGGUUUCUGGUU